AUCUCCGACCUUUCUCUCUCCAGCCACCCCCCUGCGCCCUCUGCUCAGGAAAGCGGCUCGGCGGCGUGGGCGCGGACAGGGGCCACGGUGGAAAACCUGGCCCCAGCCAAGCAAGGGCGACCCCUUCUACCAAGAGACUCCUGCCUGUGGCCCCAAAGCACCCACUGCCCCCUCCAUGAAGCCCUCCAGCCUGAGGAUGGGUAUGGUGAGGUGGGAGAGCACCUGCCUUUGGAGCUCUUUCACUGUGUUCUUCUUCUUCUUCAUCCACACCGUGGCGGCGCAGUACCAGGAGUACCUUGCGGGGAGCUGGCCCUACUACCCGGAGUACUUCCAGCAGCCUGCUCCUGAGUACCACCAGCCUCAGGUGCCUGCUGAUGUCGCCAAGAUCCAGCUGCGCCUGGCUGGGCAGAAGAGAAAGCACAGUGAGGGGCGGGUGGAGGUUUACUACCAAGGCGAGUGGGGCACUGUGUGUGAUGAUGACUUCUCCAUCCACGCUGCCCAUGUCGUCUGCCGGGAGCUGGGAUACGUGGAAGCCAAGUCCUGGACCGCCAGCUCCUCGUAUGGCAAGGGGGAAGGGCCCAUCUGGCUGGACAAUGUCCACUGUACUGGCAAGGAGUCGACCCUUGCAGCCUGCUCCUCCAAUGGCUGGGGCGUCACUGACUGCAAGCACACAGAAGACGUCGGUGUGGUGUGCAGUGAGAAAAGGAUUCCCGGGUUCAAAUUUGACAAUUCACUGGUCAACCAUGUAGAGAACCUGAACAUCCAGGUGGAGGACAUCCGGAUCCGACCCAUCCUCUCCACCUACCGCAAGCGCACCCCUGUGACAGAGGGCUAUGUGGAGGUGAAGGAGGGCAAGUCCUGGAAGCAGAUCUGUGACAAGCACUGGACGGCCAAGAAUUCCCGCGUGGUCUGCGGCAUGUUCGGCUUCCCUGGGGAGAAGACGUACAACACCAAGGUGUACAAGAUGUUUGCCGCCCGGAAGAAGCAGCGCUACUGGCGGUUCUCCAUGGACUGCACGGGCACAGAGGCCCAUAUCUCCAGCUGCAAGCUGGGCACACAGAUGACUCGGGACCCUGUGAAGAACAUCACCUGCGAGAACGGGCUGCCAGCGGUGGUGAGCUGCGUGCCUGGCCAGGUCUUCAGCCCCGAUGGACCUUCAAGGUUCCGGAAAGCCUACAAGCCGGAGCAGCCCUUGGUGCGGUUGAGAGGCGGUGCCAACCUCGGGGAGGGCCGUGUGGAGGUGCUCAAGAACGGCGAAUGGGGUACCAUCUGCGAUGACAAGUGGGACCUGGUGUCUGCCAGCGUGGUCUGCAGAGAGCUGGGCUUUGGGAGUGCCAAAGAAGCCCUCACUGGCUCCCGGCUAGGGCAAGGGAUAGGACCCAUCCAUCUUAAUGAGAUCGAGUGUGCUGGGAAUGAGAAGUCCAUCAUAGACUGCAAAUUCAACGCCGAGUCCCAGGGCUGCAACCACGAAGAAGAUGCUGGUGUGCGGUGCAACAUCCCUGCCAUGGGCUUCCAGAAGAAGCUGCGCCUGCACGGGGGCCGGAACCCCUACGAGGGCCGGGUGGAGGUGCUGGUGGAGAGGAACGGGUCCCUUGUAUGGGGGACAGUGUGCGGCGAUAGCUGGGGCAUCGUGGAGGCCAUGGUGGUCUGCAGGCAGCUGGGCCUGGGGUUCGCCAGCAACGCCUUCCAGGAGACCUGGUAUUGGCAUGAAAACAGCAAUGCCAACAAAGUGGUCAUGAGCGGAGUGAAGUGCUCAGGAACGGAGCUGUCCCUGGCACACUGUCGCCACGACGAGGAUGUGGCCUGCCCCCAGGGCAGAAUGCAAUAUGGGGCUGGAGUCGCCUGCUCAGAAACCGCCCCCGACCUGGUCCUCAGUGCGGAGAUCGUGCAGCAGACCACCUACCUGGAGGACCGGCCCAUGUUCAUGCUCCAGUGCGCCAUGGAGGAGAGCUGCCUCUCGGCCUCGGCUGCCCAGACCGACCCCAGGACAGGCUACCGGCGGCUGCUGCGCUUUUCCUCCCAGAUCCACAACAACGGCCAGUCCGACUUCCGGCCCAAGAAUGGCCGCCACGCAUGGAUCUGGCAUGACUGCCACAGGCACUACCACAGCAUGGAAGUGUUCACCUACUAUGAUCUCCUGAACCUCAAUGGCACCAAGGUGGCAGAGGGCCACAAGGCCAGCUUCUGCUUGGAGGACACCGAAUGUGAAGGAGACGUCCAGAAGAAUUACGAGUGUGCCAACUUCGGCGAGCAAGGCAUCACCAUGGGCUGCUGGGACGUGUACCGCCACGACAUCGACUGCCAGUGGGUGGACAUCACCGAUGUGCCUCCGGGAGAAUACCUGUUCCAGGUUGUCAUUAACCCCAACUACGAGGUUGCGGAGUCUGACUACACCAACAACAUCAUGAAGUGCAGGACCCGCUAUGAUGGCCACCGCAUCUGGAUGUACAACUGCCACAUAGGUGGUUCCUUCAGUGACGAGACAGAGAAGAAGUUUGAACACUUCAGUGGACUUCUAAAUAACCAGCUGUCCACGCGGUAGGGCUGCCUCUGUGUCGCCUCCCACCUCUGGGCCACAGCACAUCUUUCCCAGCUGCAGUCUGACCGACGGACCACCACGCUCCGACUCACCCAGGCCAGCCCCUGCUCCGCCCGGAUACUCUGCGGCCACGGCCAAACUCAGGGGGAGGGGUGUUCCCGACAUUUGCAGGGGCUGCUGUCCAGAGUGAGGCUUGUCCCCAAGCCCGUGGGAGAAGUGCCACCAGCCAUCUCGUCCAGGACCCCAGGUUGUCAUCAACUUGUCCCAUCCGAACCACAGUCCCCCAAGUCUGACACCACACUGCUCACACUGCACCACUGAUAAUACGAGGCCAUUUUCUCCUCAGGUGCCUUGUUGGCGAUCCAGUUUAUCAACCUGAGGGGGGCUGAAUCCCACUUCCCCUCUCUUAGGUCAUUUCCAGCCAACUUGAAAGCCUAGAAUGCUCUUCAGGAAACAAACCACCUCUACCCACCUCUAUUCUAUUCACGAAUAGAAAUAACGCUGCCACGUGUUUUCUGAGCGGUGAGCUCAGGGUGGGUGCUUCUGCCCCCAGGCCGUUGUGGUUCUGUAUACAUUUUUAGAAUAUCUGGUCUAGUUCUGUGAAAUACAUCAUUGGUAUCUCGACAGGAAUUGCAUUGAAUCUAUAGAUUGCUUUGGGUGGUGUGGACAU